GAGCGGUCGCAGUCGUUACUAUUAACAUUUGAUGGUUAUGUAAAAAAACUUUUUAACAUUAUCAUCCUAAGAACGCCAACCAGCAAUUGUUAUCGGCGACUCAGCCUUUAUCAUAUUAGGAAGUUCCUAGAAUAAGCUUUUGCCCAGCUGUGGACAACAUUCACUCUCAUUUUGUAAUUAUUUUGUCGACGUAUUUACGUUACGUUAGUAUUAUUAUUUUAUUCACGACUAGAUAGCGCUUGCUAAAUUAAACAAAUAAAUCAGGGAUAAUAAUAAGAUUAAAGAUUAAAUCUUUAAAUCGAUUUAAGCUGACAUAAUGCUAUAUUUUGCAUGAUUUGCAAUAAAAUUUAUUAACAUUAUUUUGUAUUUCAAUUGAUUCUUAGUUAAUUAACACUUAAUUUUAGUUAUGUUUAUAUUUAUCGAGUGUUAGAUCAAAAGUGUAAUAAAGAUUAUAUCAUCGCUUAGAACAAAGCUCUUUGUACUUUGCUCUGUGAACAUUUUCACGCAUUACAUUCGUACAAGUGAUAGAAUUUCACAAAAAGAAAAACGUUUUCACCACAACACAGGUCAGGGCUGGGAGAGAGAAGCGAUGCACAAUUAAGAUAAGCCACCAAACGACAGUCGCAGUGCAAUUAUGUCGCUCAUUCGUCGUGACCGAACUGGAAUUGCCAUUGCAUUGUGAGUAGAGAGCAGGGAUGGUUAUUGUGCAUCCAUAUCAAAACUAUAUCAGCAGUGGACAGUCGCCGCAGGCGCUCAGUCUGCGCGAGUCUCGACUACGCGCUCAUACGCGAACAAAAGAAAGUGAAAUUCAUCAAUGAAAAUGACAGUGAUACUACUUACCGUUUGUUUACUUCUAAGCUCCGCGAAUGGCAGCAACAAAUACGAGAAGUUCAAAUCGUACCAGUUAGAUGUUCCCGGCAAAGAACCUAUUACUAUUAUUGAAAAUGAACCCGCAAAAGAUAAUGUGCGACAGUGGGAUGUCACUGAAACAACUUUGGAUAAUGAUUCCGAUAUUAAAAACCUUAUGACAGAUAUAAUUCACGAUGUGAAAGAUACUCGUAAUAGACCCCGGUGCUAUGGGCCGUCUUGUCAAGAAGGUUUCAUCGAAAAUAAACGCCCGCAAGAAGAUUUUGAAGAUUAUUCGUUAGAAAAUAUCGAUAAAUUAAAAGAUUUCAAAGAUUUUCCAAAUGAACGAUUACAGGCUAUUGCUGCUUUGGCUGCAAAAUUGAAGAGAAACAAAAACAAAUCCGACAGGUUUUCAGCGGCUUCAUAUCAAGAGGAUGAAAAUGAUGAUAAAGUUUACACCACCUGGAAUCGUCUCAAAGUAAAGCAGCAUAAACACCCAUAUGACGAUAAAGAUGGCUGGGUGACGUUAGAGCCGGUGGCCUGGUCUACGAGCAAAAUCUCAAAAUGGAAACCUAAUGUUAAAAAACAAAAACCGAGCUAUUGGAAUGAUGAUGAGGACAACAAAUAUUCUAAUGAUGAUAGGUUUUCAUCAUAUCAAGACAUGGACAACAGCUACCAAUACCCUCAGAAAAGACCAACUCUAUCUCGCCCUGGAUUUAUAAAUAAUAAGCUUCAUGUCCCUCAAGAGUAUGAACCUGAAUUACCGUCAAAACCUACUUGGACUAAGAACAAACCUCAACCUCAACAACAAUCAGUGCACAAUUAUCAGUCAUCAUGGUCGUCUGAUGAUAGCAGACGUCCAUAUAGGCCAGUGUCGAAUUGUGAUAAAGAUGAUCCGUAUUCAAAUGACGAUACAGUUUAUUACGGAAUGUCCGAUUCUGUUGUGACCGAUAACCGACCGUCUAAUUUCCCUUAUGAAUAUGAAGCAUUGCAUCAAUCGUCACAGAAGCGGCCAAUGAGAAGGCCUACACAAGUUGUGUAUUCAGAUAUGGAUGAUGACCGUUCAUCCAGGCCCCCGCACGGGGAUGGACAUUGGGUUUUACUUUCAACCACAAAAGGAUACAGAAACAAGAAACGCCAAAGAUCUCUUGAACCGCCUGCAGAGAAUAAAGCAGUGCCCUCAAUAACAUCUCACCAAACCGUUUCCCUAACUGUUCUGCCUACUGAUGACCAUUCUCGUAAAAAUAUGACAACAUCACACGGUGGUUUAUUGGAGGUCGAAAAAAGUUUCCAGACCGUCGAAGAAUCUAAACGCGAUAUGGAUAUAAAGAAUGACUUGGAAGUGGCUGCGAGUCAGCACAGACCUGUUAAAAAUAAGGUUUUACGUAAAAAACUUGUCAAUAAUCAAAAUAAUCCUGAUAGUUCGACAGUAAUGGCGGCAGUUGGAGCUGGGAUGGUUCCAGCUACGAUGGCUAUGGUAGUACCCAUGAUGUUUGGCAGACGCCGCAGGGAUCUACGAGUAUAUUACGAUCAUGUAUUACAUUUAGAUGAAUAUCACCAAAGAAACUAAACCCUCCUCUUAGCUUAUUAAUUUAUUAAGUAGAUGUUUAACAGUGAAGUGUGAAAUGUGAAUGUCUGUGAUCCGUAGCUUAGAUUUGAAGUUUUCUUAUUGUUAAUGUUGUUUUAUUUAAAACUUAAGUUUGUUUAGAUUUAGAAAUUUUACAGUAGUAUUUAUUAUUAAGCUGUAUUUAUCUAUUUUAUUUAUUUAUCUAGUAGUAUUUAUAUUCAAAUUGUUGAAAUAAAGCGUCGUAAUUUCAAAAUAAUUUUAUACCUUUACAAGAUAUUAAAUUGAGAUAAUUAAAAAGAUUAUAAUUUCCAAUGUUCUCAGUCCCAUGCCUCGGAGAGCUCUCUAAUAACAAUUCUUAGUAUCUAAAAGGCAUUUAUAACAUUAAGCCCGCCAAUGCGCAUCGGAAAAGCGUGGUGGGUCUUGCUGCAAUUCCCCUUUCUCACUCAGGAGGAUAUCUGUGUACUGUAGAUUUAAUAUAUUCUUUUACAAUUUAGCCCUUGAUUACAAUCUCACCUGAUAGUAAGUGAUACAAUUUAAAAUGAAAGCGGGCUAACCUUAUAGGAGGGUGAAAAUCCACACCACUUUCAGUUUCUACACGACAUCGUACUGGAACGCUAUAUCACUUGGCGGUACGUCUUUGCCGGUAACUAGCCACGGCCGAAACCUCCCGCUUGCCAGACCUGGACCAAUUAAGAAAACCUCAAUCGGCCCAGCCGGGGCUCGAACCCAGGACCUCCGCCUUGUAAAUCCACAUAUACCACUGCGCUGCGGAGGCCGUCAUAACUGCUACUGUUAUUAAAAUUAUCAAAUCAAAAUAAUGCUUUUGAUUAUUAACUUUUGAAGCCGUGAUAGCCCAGUGGAUAUGACCUCUGCUUCCGAUUCCGGAGGGUGUGGGUUCGAAUCCGGUCCCGGGCAUGCACCACCAACUUUUCAGUUGUGUGCAUUUUAAGAAAUUAAAUAUCACGUGUUUCAAACGGUGAAGGAAAACAUCGUGAGGAAACCUGCAUACCAGAGAAUUUUCUUAAUUCUCUGCGUGUGUGAGUCUGCCAAUCCGCAUUGGGCCAGCGUGGUGGACUAAGGCCUAAUCCCUCUCAUUCUGAGAGGAGACUCGAGCUCAGCAGUGAGCCGAAUAUGGGUUGAUAACGAAACCGUGUUAUUCUGUGGGAAUGAGUCUUAAAAAACAAUUAAUGUUAAAUUAACAAACUAUUUAUAAGUAAAAGUAUGUC